AAAAUAAAGAUUUUUUGUUUUUAACUAGGCUAGGGUAAAUUUUCACGGGGAUAAUUUUUUCGAGAGGUUUUGAUACCUCGAAAAAAUUUAUUUCGUGAUAUAUUUAAGUUUAAAGUUGAAUUAGGCUCCUCCUUCCCAAAUUUGGCUGUUCAGCCAUCUUUGGUAGGAGGAGCCUAAUUAGGGCCCCAAACAAUGCAGACGACGCUAGAACGGUAAAGUCAUUGAAGUCUUUUUGUUAGUGAGCAUGAGUAACCACAAGUAUUGUGUUGUGAGCACUUGCUCCAACACAUUGAGUAAUUAUAGUGAAUUCUUCACUUUCCCGAAAAACAAUAAGAAGAGAGCUUUGUGGCUAAAUAAAAUUGGUUUUGAGGCUAAUAAAUUUUCACCAAAAACACAUCUUCAUAUUUGUAGUCGUCAUUUUGACUUGAAAAACGACCUUAAAGAUUACAACAAAUAUUGUAAUAGAACUGGACGGUACAGUUUCAAGGAACACAUAGUUCCACAUUUGAACUUGUCGUUAAGUGAUGAUGUGUCAGCCACAGAAAUUCAGUUAUCUGGGGAAAACUAUGAAACAGAACUUUGUGCCAGUAAGUUCAUGUUACUCAAAUAGGGUACACGCAUGGAAAAUAAAGAUUUUUUGUUUUUAACUAUGCUAGGGUAAAUUUUCACGGGGAUCAUUUUUUCGAGAGGUUUGUUACCUCGAAAAAAUUUAUUUCGCGAUAUAUUAAAGUUUAAGAAGGAACGACUGCUUUAAACAAAUUUAUGUAUACAAUUUCUGUAAAUUACAGACUUACCAUCACUUAACGACAAGUUCAAAUGUGGAACUAUGUGUUCCUUGAAACUGUACCGUCCAGUUCUAUUACAAUAUUUGUUGUAAUCUUUAA